UGUGCAUGAUGCAGUGUAACAUGAAUUUGAUAUAAUGGGCAAGUAUCCAAGCUCCCACGUUCUUAGGUACCUACCUAUGUAGAAAGAAGAUUAAUUUGGGUACCUUACCUAGAAACCUCAACUCCUACAUUCCUAGAAACAUUCCCAAAGAAGCAUCCAACUAAAACACCGCUAUUCCAGCUUUACCUUACCAGUUCUCCCGACAAACACCUAGUGAAGGAGAGAAAUUGACUCUACCUUGACUCAGUGCAUACCCCCACUACGAUGAAUGCUAAGGAAAUGGAAAGGGAGGUGGCAUUGGCCAUUGCCAAUUCGGCUAUCAGCGAAUGCCCUGAGUUAAAGAAGAGGGCCAACUCAAUGAUGUUAAAUAUAGAUCGCGAUACUCAUCUUCAUGACACUACUGUAGCUCAUGUAAAGCAAUUUCCGCAAAAACGGGACUCCAAAGGUCCCGGCCUUCAAUUGUCCUGGCCCAAAUCCAGCGAUGGUCGGCGUGCUGUUGUCGGAAAGCCACCGUCACAUACUCCACCGUACAUGUCGUCCCAGAGCGAUGGGCCUCAUUCCUCUGAUGCCCGUAUUGCUCACGUAUCAUACACGGAUUUUGAAAUGCACUAUCACAUCACAAACCCGGUAGCUAACGGAACCGUCCAACCGAUAUUACAUAUACCGUUAACAUGGAAUCCCCUAAAAUUGGAUGUUGGCGACACGAGUCUACUUCAAUACUUUCAAUAUACCGCUUCACGAUCUUUAGCUAUAUUUGGUCACGAUCCUAUAGAUCUAGGAAAUCUACUAAUUCGGAUUGCUCUGGCCAGUGACACAACAUCUGCUCUAGCAGUGCUCCAGUCGCUGCUCGCCCUAUCUUCACUGCAUCGCCACGAUGUCCACUCACAAGCCGUAGAGCUCAAGAUCUCUGCUCUCAAAUCCUUAUCAGCUGCAGCAGGAAAUCAGCUUGGCACUACUGAAGCGGUCCAACAUGUGGCCGCAGGGAUGCUAUUAUGUUCUUUUGAGAUUCAUCAGGCAUCUUGCACGUCGGGACAAUGGGUCUGGUAUCUCUCCGGAGUUAAGAACAUCAUUAAAACUGCCAGUCUCGACAAGUACCCCCAAGAUAGUAAUUUAACGCUCUUGUUAGAUUGGGUGUACUACUAUGAUGUAUUAGCACGCUUCACCCUGCGACACUGGAGUAGAGAGACUACGAAAAACAUAUCGGCUACAUCAAGUGUUCGCGCUAAGGCCUCCCAAGUAGGGCCACCGGCUCUCGCUGCUAUAGAGCUAUUAUCGGAAGUCUGUGAUGCGGUAUCCACCAGACCGCCGGCCAGAACGUCUGCCGAGAAUGCGGAUGAUUACAAAAGCUUCUUAAAAAUACUUGACUGGAGAAUCAGAAGCAUGCCAGUGGACGUCACGGUUAAUAAUAUUCCAACUGACCCGUUGAUAAUGGAAUUAUAUCAGCUAGCCAUGCUGGUAUAUCUCAAUCGCGCGUCUGAGAACUUACUUAACCAGACAAUUGAGACUCAGCGGCGUAUUGACAGAGCAUUUACUAUAUUUUCUCGGCUAGGCUCUUGUGUCCGGCAAUUUCCUAUCUUUAUCUUGGGCUGUGAGGCUCGACGGGACGACCAACGGACGGCGGUUCUUGAUCUCAUCUCCAGGUCCGAAAAUGAAGAGGCCUCUCGAUCGUUCAAUCACGUCAAGAUAUUGAUGCAGGCAAUCUGGGCGCAAGACGACUUGGCUACUGGUGAUAUCAAUUAUUGGGACAAGCUAAGCUAUAUAAUCAGUCACUGUUCAAUUCUUCCUAUGUUUGUCUAGUCGGGGUAGUGAACAAAUCGAAUUAAAUGAACUAAAUAGACCCCAUAAGUUUACAUUCCUACCUUAGUAUAUUUGUUACAAAUCCAAGCAUCACACUAGAUAUUAGGAUAUAAUGCCCAAAAUCCGAUCGCUAAAAGCCGAGGGCAUUAUUAAUUA